AUGGGUCUGCCAGAGUCUGAUCUGGAGCCUGGAGCAGAGGAUGGACAGGAGAUGGCAGCAGUGGGGGAUGCUCUAUGUAGUGAGCUGCAGCAGGCUCCCGAGAAGCAGCAGGACAAUAGGACCUGGCUGGUGACAGAGUUCGUGCUGGUGGGAUUCUCCAACCUCCCAGAACUGAGGCCCACUCUUUUCAUCUUGUUCCUCCUCACCUACCUGGUCACACUCAGUGGCAACGCCACCAUCAUCACCAUCAUCCAGGUGGAUCGCACUCUCCACACACCUAUGUACCGCUUCCUGGCCGUGCUCUCCUCCUCUGAGACCUGCUACACGCUGAUCACAAUCCCCAAUAUGCUGGCUCAUUUGCUGAUGGAGAGCCAGGCCAUCUCCAUCGCAGGCUGUCGGGCCCAGAUGUUCUUCUUCCUAGGCUUGGGUUGCAGCCAGUGUUUCCUCCUUACCCUGAUGGGUUAUGACAGGUAUGUGGCCAUCUGCCACCCCUUGCGCUACUCUGUGAUCAUGAGACCCACUGUUUGCCUGUGUUUGGGAGCCUUGGUUUUCUGCUCUGGUUUCUCAGUGGCCUUGAUUGAGACCUGCAUGAUCUUCUCCUCGCCCUUCUGUGGCACAGGCCGCGUGGAGCACUUCUUCUGUGACAUUGCCCCUGUGUUGAAGCUCAGCUGUGCUGAGAGCUCGCACAAGGGGCUUGGCAUCUUCUUCCUGAGCAUCCUCGUGGUGCUAUUCUCCUUCCUCCUCAUCCUCCUCUCGUACGCCUUCAUCGUGGCUGCCAUCCUGAGGAUCCCUUCUGUGGCGGGUCGGCACAAAGCUUUCUCCACCUGCGCGGCUCACCUCACGGUGGUCAUCGUGCAUUUUGGCUGUGCCUCCAUCAUCUACCUGAGGCCUGACUCUGGGGCAAACCCCUCCCAGGACCGCCUGGUGGCAGUGUUCUACACAGUGGUGACACCUCUGCUGAAUCCUGUGGUAUACACCCUGAGGAACAAGGAGGUGAGGGUAGCCCUGAGGAAGAACCUGGCGCGGGGCUGUGGAGGAUUUAAGUAA